UAUUUUCGACAUUACUUUUUAAGACUUAGAGCCGCAAACAUUUCUAAACGGAAAAUUUAAAUUUGUGUUUUAACAUAAUUUGCUUUGUAAAAAAAUAAUUUGACCGGUGUAAACUCUUGGACGCUGCGGCAUGGCAAACCAAGUGAAUUGGGCUGAUGCUAAUCUAGUCAAAAGUCUUAACGAACAGAAUCGUUAUAUUUAUGACAUGGAGAAUGACAUUCAGGAAAUGCAACAAUAUUACGAAAAUGAGGUGGAGCAGUCCAAGUACAAUGAAGAAGUCCUGAAGUGUCGCUGCAAUGAGCUCCAACAACAAGUGCAGACCCUCCAGCCGGCGCUGCAGCGUGCCGACCAGAUGCAAACGGAGAUCGAUGUUUUACGCAAUGAGCUGCGAAAACGUGACUUGGCUUUAAAUGCCUACGAUUGCCAGUACCAGCAGCUAAUGACCGUCGUCUGUGAAAUCAACCAAAAGUAUGGAAAUCACCGCGGUGACAGUCCCUCAUUUAAUAUUCCAGACUUUCCAGAUGUUGGAGAUGAUCUGAUCUUGUACACGAGUGCCACCAUAAAACUCAUCGUGAAAGACAUGACCAAAGAAGAAGAAGAUUGCUUCGAGCAAAUCAACGAGGAUAAGUACUUUGGAGGUCAGAAUAUCAACAAUAUAGAAGACUGCAUACAUGAGAUGAAUCGCCUGCGGAAUUUGCUAAGGCAAAAGGAUAAACAGUUAGGGAAUUUGAUAGAGGAGAAUGUGUACAUGUGGGAAUCUGCUGUCGAAAGCAAAAGGCGACUCAACCAAUUGAAUCGGAGAGUGUGUGAACUUCAUAGUGCCACAAAGUAUAUGGAGGAGGGUACGAGCGAGAGCAUUGGAUUAAUACAGGAUAUUGACGAUGCUGCCAGGGGGAACGAUAACUUUAUGGACAAGGUCAACAUAAAAGGAGCUGAGCCUCAAGUACUCACGCAUUCAAAGAAACAGCAUUAUUGUAAAUCUACGGAAUUAAAACAUUUGGAUAGUUAGCUUUCCAGCUACUCUUAUCUUA